UUGUUCAAGAGCGGAUGCAUGCCGAACCUCGAAAUGGCAGUUGCUCAAAUAUGCUGUCUUCUUCUGAUAGUAUUUCUCAAACGAGUAGAUGGUCAAGCAUGCCCAUCAACCGGAUUCUCAUGUGUUAGCAACUGUAAUGCCGCAGGAGUAGUUCCCACUUUCACGUGUCCAAUUGGUCAGGUGUGCUGUUUAGAUCCCUUUAUAAUACCGACAACAACCAUGCCACCCUGCACUUUUGCCGGGAUCUCAUGUGUUGCCAAUAGUAACUGUAACCCCACAGGAAUUGUUGCUACUCGGCAGUGUCCAAGUGGUCAGGUGUGCUGUGUCGAUGCCCUUACAUUACCAACAACAACGACCUUAGCAACAACGACCCUUCAACCCUGCACUGAUGCUGGAAUCUCAUGUAUUGUCACGAGUAGCUGUAACUCCGUUGGAAUUAUUACUAGUCGCCAGUGUCCAAGUGGUCAGGUUUGCUGUGUCGAUGCCCUUACUUUAGCAACAACGACCUUAGCAACAACGACUUUAGCAACAACAACACUUCAACCCUGCACUGAUACCGGAAUCUCAUGUGUUGUCACUAGUAACUGUAACUCCUUUGGAAUUAUUCCUGGUCGCCAGUGUCCAAGUGGUCAGGUUUGCUGUGUCGAUGCCCUUACUAUAGCAACAACGACCUUAGCAACAACGACCUUAGCAGCAACGACUUUAGCAACAACGACCUUAGCAACAACGACCUUAGCAACAACGACUUUAGCAACAACAACACUUCAACCCUGCACUGAUACCGGAAUCUCAUGUGUUGUCACUAGUAACUGUAACUCCUUUGGAAUUAUUCCUGGUCGCCAGUGUCCAAGUGGUCAGGUUUGCUGUGUCGAUGCCCUUACUAUAGCAACAACGACCUUAGCAACAACGACCUUAGCAGCAACGACUUUAGCAACAACGACCUUAGCAACAACGACCUUAGCAACAACGACUUUAGCAACAACAACACUUCAACCCUGCACUGAUACCGGAAUCUCAUGUGUUGUCACUAGUAACUGUAACUCCUUUGGAAUUAUUCCUGGUCGCCAGUGUCCAAGUGGUCAGGUUUGCUGUGUCGAUGCCCUUACUUUAGCAACAACGACCUUAGCAACAACGACCGUAGCCGCAACGACCGUAGCAACAACGACUUUAGCCACAACGACCUUAGCAACAACGACUUUAGCAACAACAACACUUCAACCCUGCACUGAUACCGGAAUCUCAUGUAUUGUCACAAGUAACUGUAACUCCUUUGGAAUUAUUCCUGGUCGCCAGUGUCCAAGUGGUCAGGUUUGCUGUGCCGAUGCCCUUACUUUAGCAACAACAACCUUAGCAACAACGACCUUAGCAGCAACGACCGUAGCAACAACGACUUUAGCAACAACAACACUUCAACCCUGCACUGAUGCCGGAAUCUCAUGUAUUGUCACAAGUAACUGUAACUCCAUUGGAAUUAUUCCUGGUCGCCAGUGUCCAAGUGGUCAGGUUUGCUGUGCUGAUGCCCUUACUUUAGCAACAACGACCUUAGCAACAACGACCUUAGCAGCAACGACCGUAGCAACAACGACUUUAGCCACAACGACCUUAGCAACAACGACUUUAGCAACAACAACACUUCAACCCUGCACUGAUGCCGGAAUCUCAUGUAUUGUCACAAGUAACUGUAACUCCUUUGGAAUUAUUCCUGGUCGCCAGUGUCCAAGUGGUCAGGUUUGCUGUGCUGAUGCCCUUACUUUAGCAACAACGACCUUAGCAACAACGACCUUAGCAGCAACGACCGUAGCAACAACGACUUUAGCCACAACGACCUUAGCAACAACGACUUUAGCAACAACAACACUUCAACCCUGCACUGAUGCCGGAAUCUCAUGUAUUGUCACAAGUAACUGUAACUCCUUUGGAAUUAUUCCUGGUCGCCAGUGUCCAAGUGGUCAGGUUUGCUGUGCUGAUGCCCUUACUUUAGCAACAACGACCUUAGCAACAACGACCUUAGCAGCAACGACCGUAGCAACAACGACUUUAGCCACAACGACCUUAGCAACAACGACUUUAGCAACAACAACACUUCAACCCUGCACUGAUGCCGGAAUCUCAUGUAUUGUCACAAGUAACUGUAACUCCUUUGGAAUUAUUCCUGGUCGCCAGUGUCCAAGUGGUCAGGUUUGCUGUGCUGAUGCCCUUACUUUAGCAACAACGACCUUAGCAACAACGACCUUAGCAGCAACGACCGUAGCAACAACGACUUUAGCCACAACGACCUUAGCAACAACGACUUUAGCAACAACAACACUUCAACCCUGCACUGAUGCCGGAAUCUCAUGUAUUGUCACAAGCACCUGUAACUCCAUUGGAAUUAUUCCUGGUCGCCAGUGUCCAAGUGGUCAGGUUUGCUGUGCUGAUGCCCUUACUUUAGCAACAACGACCUUAGCAACAACGACCUUAGCAGCAACGACCGUAGCAACAACGACUUUAGCCACAACGACCUUAGCAACAACGACUUUAGCAACAACAACACUUCAACCCUGCACUGAUGCCGGAAUCUCAUGUAUUGUCACAAGCAACUGUAACUCCAUUGGAAUUAUUACUGGUCGCCAGUGUCCAAGUGGUCAGGUUUGCUGUGCUGAUGCCCUUACUUUAGCAACAACGACCUUAGCAACAACGACCUUAGCAGCAACGACCGUAGCAACAACGACUUUAGCCACAACGACCUUAGCAACAACGACUUUAGCAACAACAACACUUCAACCCUGCACUGAUGCCGGAAUCUCAUGUAUUGUCACAAGCAACUGUAACUCCAUUGGAAUUAUUACUGGUCGCCAGUGUCCAAGUGGUCAGGUUUGCUGUGCUGAUGCCCUUACUUUAGCAACAACAACCUUAGCAACAACGACCUUAGCAGCAACGACCGUAGCAACAACGACUUUAGCAACAACAACACUUCAACCCUGCACUGAUGCCGGAAUCUCAUGUAUUGUCACAAGUAACUGUAACUCCUUUGGAAUUAUUCCUGGUCGCCAGUGUCCAAGUGGUCAGGUUUGCUGUGCCGAUGCCCUUACUUUAGCAACAACAACCUUAGCAACAACGACCUUAGCAGCAACGACCGUAGCAACAACGACUUUAGCAACAACAACACUUCAACCCUGCACUGAUGCCGGAAUCUCAUGUAUUGUCACAAGUAACUGUAACUCCAUUGGAAUUAUUCCUGGUCGCCAGUGUCCAAGUGGUCAGGUUUGCUGUGCUGAUGCCCUUACUUUAGCAACAACGACCUUAGCAACAACGACCUUAGCAGCAACGACCGUAGCAACAACGACUUUAGCCACAACGACCUUAGCAACAACGACUUUAGCAACAACAACACUUCAACCCUGCACUGAUGCCGGAAUCUCAUGUAUUGUCACAAGUAACUGUAACUCCUUUGGAAUUAUUCCUGGUCGCCAGUGUCCAAGUGGUCAGGUUUGCUGUGCUGAUGCCCUUACUUUAGCAACAACGACCUUAGCAACAACGACCUUAGCAGCAACGACCGUAGCAACAACGACCUUAGCAACAACGACCGUAGCAACAACGACUUUAGCAACAACAACACUUCAACCCUGCACUGAUGCCGGAAUCUCAUGUAUUGUCACAAGUAACUGUAACUCCUUUGGAAUUAUUCCUGGUCGCCAGUGUCCAAGUGGUCAGGUUUGCUGUGCUGAUGCCCUUACUUUAGCAACAACGACCUUAGCAACAACGACCAUAGCAACAACAACACUGCAACCGUGCACUGUAACUGGCAUCUCGUGUGUUGGCACAAGUAGAUGUCCUUUCGCAGCAGUCAUAAAUGCAAGAGAGUGUCCAAGUGGACAGGUGUGCUGUGUCAGUUCUUUGGUCACUUAAUAAGAACUCAAAGGAUGAGAUUUAACAGACACAGAGUACGAAGCCCGAGAUCACACGUCAUUGUCUGUAUAAACACUGAUGUGAAUAAAAAGGUAACUCUA